AUGGCGGAGGGCGGCGGCGGCCCGCGGCGGAAGGCUCUGGCGCUGCUGGAGGCGGCGCGCUCCCGCUACGAGAGCCUGCAGAUCUCCGACGACGUGUUCGGCGAGUCGGGCCCGGACAGCAGCGGGAACCCCUUCUAUAGCACCUCCGCCGACUCGCGCUCCUCCUCAGCCGCCUCCUCGGACGACGAGGACGAGCCGACCGGCCCCGCGCCAGCCUCGGCCGCGGCGCAGCGCCCGCCGCCUCCCCGGGCCCCGGAGGCGGAGCUGCAGGACGACGAGGACGGCGGGGGCUGGAGCCCGGUGCUGCAGGACCCCCCGACCCCGCGCUGCAAGGAGAGCGGCGGUCCAGCCCGAAAGAUGCCCCCCAGUGCCAGUGCCAUGGACUUCUUCCAGCUCUUUGUCCCCGACAAUGUUCUCAAGAACAUGGUGGUGCAGACAAACAUGUAUGCCAAGAAGUACCAGGAGCGGUUUGGGAGCGACGGGGCCUGGGUGGAGGUGAGCCUGGCGGAGAUGAAGGCUUUCCUGGGUUACAUGAUCUCCACCAGCAUCUACCAUUGUGAGUCUGUUCUCAGCAUCUGGAGCAGCGGCUUCUACAGCAACAGGAGCAUCGCCCUGGUCAUGAGCCAGGCCCGCUUCGAGAAGAUCCUCAAGUACUUCCACGUUGUUGCCUUCCGCUCCAGCCAGACCACGCAUGGCCUCUACAAGGUCCAGCCCUUCCUCGACUCCCUGCAGAAUGGCUUUGACUCAGCCUUCAGGCCUUCCCAAACCCAGGUGCUACACGAACCCCUGAUCGAUGAGGACCCGGUGUUCAUUGCCACGUGCACGGAGCGGGAGCUGCGGAAGAGGAAAAAGCGGAAAUUCAGCCUCUGGGUUCGCCAGUGCUCCUCCACAGGCUUCAUCAUCCAGAUUUACGUCCACCUGAAGGAAGGCGGGGGCCCUGAUGGACUGGAUGCUCUGAAGAAUAAGCCCCAACUCCAUAGCCUGGUGGCCAAGAGCCUCUGCCGCAAUGCAGCAGGCAAGAACUACAUCAUCUUCACGGGGCCCAGCAUCACCAGCCUGACCCUGUUUGAAGAGUUUGAAAAGCAAGAGAUUUACUGCUGUGGCCUGCUCAGCUCCAGGAAAAGUGACUGCACAGGCCUGCCUCUGUCCAUGCUGGCAAACCCAGCCACCCCCCAGUCCCGGGGACAGUACCGAAUCAAGAUGAAGGGGAACAUGUCUCUGAUCUGCUGGUACAACAAGGGACACUUCCGCUUCCUGACCAAUGCCUACUCCCCGGUCCAGCAAGGGGUGAUCAUCAAGAGGAAGAGUGGCGAGAUCCCCUGCCCCUUGGCCGUGGAGGCAUUUGCCGCUCACCUGAGCUACAUCUGCAAAUAUGACGACAAAUACAGCAAGUAUUUCAUUUCCCAUAAACCAAACAAGACCUGGCAGCAGGUGUUCUGGUUUGCCAUCAGCAUUGCCAUCAACAACGCCUACAUCCUGUACAAAAUGUCUGACGCCUACCACGUGAAGAGGUACAGCCGGGCACAGUUUGGGGAGAGACUGGUCAAAGAGCUGCUGGGCUUGGAGGACACCUCGCCAUCCCACUGAUGCCUGGGCUCACCUCAGGGCUUCGGUGAGGGACCAAAUCAAGGGAAGGUGAGAGGAGGGAGAGAGCCUGCUGUUCUGACCCGCCCCAGCAGAGACGCCAGAGGGAAGCUGUGAGGCCUCUGUGGGCGGGACAGGUAAUUCGCCUGAAGGAGUGGCUGCUUGUCUUGGUUUCCACUCAAAUAAGAGCAUGUCCUCUGUGAAGCUGCCCCCACCGCAUUGUCAGCGCUCUACAUGGACUUGAAUGCCAGUCAUUGCUAUGUCAGUCGUGUCUGUUCAGCAGGGCAUGAUACCCGCGUGACCCCAUUCAAGCCUGGCAGGGAGCAUCAUCUCAGCAGAGCUGGCUUGGGAGGGUGUCUUGCCAGCAAUGGCUCCACGGGUAGGCUGAGCUAUAGCACACUCUGGUGGAAAAUACCUGCGUUGUAAAAUGUAAAGGAAUUUGGAACAUGAUUCCAUUUCACGAUGUGUCAAGAGGUGACAGGGAAGCAGCAGAGAUUUGACUUUCAUCCUUAAAGUUGUUCAAAGGUGUAUAAGAGACCAGAGGGCUUCCGAACAUUUACCUGGUGGCAGCCAGCUUAGAGUAGGUCUCUCAGAAGAAGAACAGAUUGGAUGCCGUUAAAAGGAAGUGAUGGAAUGGGUUGCAGUUGCCCGUUCUAAUUAAUCAGUGAGGCAUCCCUGCUCAUCUCUGAGCCAGCUUGGCUGGUGUGAUGGGGAGAAAGGAAAAUGCCAACAUCACUUGCAGUGAAGUGUGAUGCUAUUUUUUCUUAUUUUUAAAUAUAUCUUCAGGUUAUUUUCUUACUGUUGCUUAAAAUCUCAUGUAAAGGAAAACGUCACCCUUCUUUUCCCUUCCCUCGUCUCCUUCCCUUACCACAGUCAUGGCAACUUACAUAAUCACCAUUCUGUGACUGUACCGGGGCCAAAGAGGGCAUUUGCUUUGGAGUGGCACUUUCCCCAAGGACCACAGGGAGCCUUGUGGGCCUUGAGCAUGGUCACAGAGGUUAUCAUUGGCAGGAUUACUUGUUUUGAACAACAACGACGCUGAAGCAACAAGCGUUCACUAUGGAUGGCUGCUGGCUAGUUUCUUCCCCUUCAUGUGUAGUAACCCUGGCACCAACACCCUUCUCAAAGCUGCCCCUCAGAAAGGUGUGGCUGGCAUUGGCAAAGCCUAAAGUGGGUAUAUGCAAGCCUUGCUUCGAUCUGACAUGAAGCCAGAGGGCUUUGCUCCCCGCACUAUUGAAAGGACUAUGGAGAAGCAGCUGAGAAUAAGGGCACCAGUUUGUUUCCUAAAAGAUCAGGGUCUCUUUCUGAACCAAGGUACGUGUGUCUACGUGGGAACCUCAGGGCCAGAGUGGUCUCCUGGCCCGAUUAUCCCCACAGGCAAGGAACAAGUAAUUUCUGGAAUUUCACAGCCCCCCUUCCACCCAAGUUUAUGUAACCACCUCAUUUUUACAAAUGCAAAACCUAUUCUACUCAGGCUUUGGGAUGCUUUUCCUUGUUCAGACUCAGUUAAGUGUUGCUGGCAGCAUGCUCCUGAACUCCAUAUUGUUUCUGUAUUCCAGAUUGUUGAUCGCUAACCUUGCCCUUUGGUUUUAAUUCAAUGCCACGGAUUGUAGGCCACAUUGGAAAUUGUGUUUCAGAACACCUUUGCCGUGUCCUUUAAUUGGAUUGAAAGCACUUUUAUCACAUGGAGAAAUAUAUUUUUAAUUUGUUAUGCUUUUCUACAAGGUCCACUCUUUCUGAGUUUAAUGUGUUUCCAACACUUAGGAAGAUUCUAAUGAAAGGUGAUAAAUUUUCUUUUCUGUCCAAAAAAUUGAAAUAAAAAUAAAAGUCUAUUUAGAUGGUGAUUCUUUGUUAAGAUGUUAAUUUGUUUCAAAGGUCAGGGACCAAAAUAUGGGCUCCUAAGACUUGAUGCCUUGUUAUAUAAUCUAGUAUAUAUGCUCUUAACUGUGCUUAGUAUCAUGAAUCACUGAGCAGUUUAAAAGAGAAGCUCAGUUAAGUUUUGACCAAAAAAUACAUAUAUUUAUGAUGUAGUUCUAUGAGUACAGUUAUAUUUGAGGUGCCUGUGCCAUUUGGAGACCGCACUGUGCCUGCCUUCUGAUGUGGUGGUUUUUCUCGUGUCUUCUAACUUGUAUCGUAUGUCACUCCAAGUUAACAUGACAAGGGGCAGUUGGGAAGGUAUUGUGGGUGACAUCGAAUUACCAAGUAAUUAGAGGGUAAUUAUGCCACUUUAGUGCUGGGUUCUUAAAAUGGUGACUACCUGUUUUCUGAUAAAUGAUUGGAGAAGACAGCGGCUCAGCUAGGAACCUAGUGGAGGUUGUGGUAGCCACUCCAGUCCUCACAAGGCCUGUUAUUGAUUAAGGAGAAUUUCUCUUCUCCUCCCAGAAGAAGGGCAAAGGGGCAUGUAGCACUGGGAAUUGGGAAAAUCUUUGGGGAAUGGGCCUUAUAGAUGUGAUUUAUAGUGAUUUUAAGAAUUGCUGUAGUUAAAAUACAGCUGGAUCCAGUAUCCCUGGGCUUGACAGCCACCAGUUGGCAUUUGAAUUGGCUGAUUUAAUAGUUGGCUGUUACUGGUGACCAGGAAAGGACCAGUGGGUGGUUCUCAUGAGAGGGGAUCCAGCACAGCCCUGGGCAGAGGGCAGGAGGCAGGUGGCCAUCUGCAUCCUAUAGCCAAAGAGGUCCCUUCUCUGCUCAGGUCCUGCCACCGUAAUGAAUGAAGGCCCGUUGAGAUGCUGCCUACAUGGUCCUGAAAAGAAAGACCGAAUAAUGAGCUUCCCAACCCUCAUGCAAAACAAAACAACAACAAAAGCUUCUAAGCUUCUUCAAAGAGAAUCUCUGUUAACUCACACCCGAUGCAGGUGAAACUCACGCAAUUUAGGUUGUAGUCUCAGGACUGUGUUUGUAUUUGGAAUCAGGUAAGGUAAAUUCUUAGGAGGAUUUAACCCGAAUGAAUGACUUUCUGUUUGUAUAGGCUGCUGUCUUUACCAUGCUCCAUCUUUGACUUGCAUUGUCUCUUUUCCCCAUCCUCUGCUCGCCAAAGAGCCUCAGUUUUGAACAGUGUCUUACUGUGUCAGUGGAACGUUAUGUUAGGGUCAUAUUUCAAAGCUGAAGCGAGUCAAGUAGGAGAAUCUUGGUGUCUGGGUCACUCUGGGCAAAGACACCCAGCUUAUUGACUAAAUUAGAUCAGACCCGACCACCAAAAUUGAAUUAGUUCUGCAGCUGUGGAAGCAGCAAGGAGAACACAGACUCAUGGACAGGGAUUGGAAGGUUCUAAACCCUCAUGUGUAGCCUGUAUAUAGCCUGUGCUCUGCUGUUAGCCAUGAGAGCCCAACCUCCACAUCAACAGGCAAGGGAGUCUCCCAGCCACCAGGUGUGAGGGCGGGAAGGGUUGUGGUUAGGCAGAUACUCCAUUACUAGUGAGGGAUAGGAGAAGUUGCAGCUCCUUAGGAUCCAUCUGUUCUUCUGCAGUCUGCGCUUAAGGCCAGAAAACAUCUCCUCACAGUUCCUGGAGCAAUUGGGAUGAGAGCAAUUUGUGGCACCCAGAUGGGGGAGGGGAGAAGACAGCACUGGGUGCCCUGCUCACCUCCUCACCCUGCAGUGCCACCACACUCACUUUCCACAGGGUGGGCAUCAUGCUAGGAGAGCAUAGCAGUGGCAGCAAGUCUGGUGCAGAGCUUUUCCCUUGAACGUCUCCUCUAAUCUCCACAAUGACUCCUGGAAGGUCAGUGUGCUGCCAUCAUCCCUGGUUUACAGGUGGGGACAUGCAAGCUUGGGGUGGUUACACAGCUUGCCCAGGUAAGCCAGCUAGCUGAGGGGAACCGAGUCUCAAGCAGGCUGACCUGAGGCUGCAGGCACGUGCUGACCCUGUGUACACAGCUACCCAGGCCCAUUCCAAAGGCUGUGCAUUUGAGCCCUGGUUUAUUUAAUGCCUUCACAGGGUAUUCCCUCUUUCUGGAGCCUUUAUAGAAAGGAACUCACGGUCUCUCUUGACCCCAAAUAUUGCACAGUAACUGUAGUGCCAGUGUCCCUGUCCUAGACAGAGGAGGUGCUAUUUGAUCCAGCAAUAAUGAAACCAAAGUUUGCCGGGUAGUGAGCCACACACCCUGGACAGUAAGCAGUUUGUGGAGGACACCUGGGCAUCCUGGCCUGCGCUAGACUCCGAGCAGUCAGCCUGCUUUCCUCUCCUAGACACCCAACUGCAUGGACCGGGGGUGGGGGUAGAGGGUGUCUCCUGAACCCCGCAAAGGCUGAGGCCCAGCUACGAAACCAUUGUGACAAAGUCCCUGAGGUCAGCUGCCUCCCAGGUAAUGGCUCAGAGUGACCAUACCUCUAUCAUUCCAAGAUCCAAUUCUUUUCUCAAGUCUCAGCCCACUCACAGCUCGUUGUUUGUGGUUCGAUUCCUCUACAUCAGGUAAGGACUCAUCAGAAGUCUUGGAUGACGAAAGCUAUAGCCUUCUGUAGCCAGGGUACAAGCAGAAAGGAAGUUCCCAGGAAGAUAGCAAAGUAGAUUACAGGGAAAGUGCCCCCGCCCCUUUCCUGUAUGGCUGUGGCCUGCUGGGAAGAGCUCUGCCUUCGGCGAAGACCCUGAGUCAAGGUGGCCUGGGUUGUCUUCCUCAAGUACUUUUUCUCUUUAUUAGGAAAUUGCUAUGACUUCAUUAUUUAAUCCAGGUACAAAAUCAACACUUAAAGCUUUUCUAUAAAGCAUUAGCAGAAAGUGAGAGUACAGUACCUGCAUUCUGCCGGUGCUGCUGACUCUUGUCCUGGAACAAGAGCAGCCACCCAGCUACCCAGUGGGCUCCACACGUUUAACUGUAUGUGUGCCCUUCCCUGCGUGUGUGUGCAUGCGUGUGCAUGCGUGUGCACACAUGCGUGAGCCCUCCCGAAUACGUGGUCCACUUCCCCUUUCUCCGUGAUCCUGGCACAGUGUCCUGGAUCUGACCCAGCUCAGCCUUGCACUCUGCUGGAAUCAACUUACGCACCUUUCCGUGCCUCAUAGGGUAAAGUGUAUUUAUGCUUUGAUGUAUAGCCGUUUUUAGGCCUUUUUUCAAGAAGUGGUUUAUAUAAGAUGUUUGGUUUGUACAUUCUCAUCUUCACUAGCUGGUUUACAUACAGAUAAAGUUCUCAGGUUUGAGUUUUUAAAGUUACUUGGUAGUUUGUGCACGUCUGGAGAGGAAGACAGAGUAAGCAGAGGGAGGCCCUCCGAAGGCUCGAGGGAGUGCGGAGGUGAUGGGGAAGGGGUGAAGCCCCACAGCUCCCUCAGGCAGAGGGGCUUCUUGGCCAAGAUGGGAACAAGGAGGGAAGGGCGAUGCCCAAUCCCUUCUGUUCCCUCCCCCAGUGGUACACCCUGGCAGCUCUCCUUCCUUUUUGGUGUCUCUCUUCAGUCUUUCGAUCACUCUCUAAUUCAUUCUUUUGGCAAAUCUUUAUUAGAACUGAACUAUAAUAAAAAAAAUCAUCCAUGUGUACUGAGCAUUUAUGUAUCAGUCUUGGUUGUAGUCUCAUUACACAGUUAUUUCAUUUAAUCCUCAGCAUAGCCUGUGAGCUAAGCGCCGUCAUCACCCCCUUUGCAAAUGGGGAAAGUGAUGUUUCAAGAGCCAUGGGCCACCCCGCUAGGAAGUAGUGGAGCCGGCUUCAAACCUCAGCCCUGGGCUCCGGAGCCUAUUCACUCUCAGCCUUGGCAGCUCAGGGUGAACCCCUUGUGCCAGGCCUUGUGCCAAGAGCUAGACACCUGUCAAAAUGUAGACUACGGUCUGUGCCCUCAAGAGCACCAUGAUCUAAGCAUGUGGAGGGCACAAAAAAAGGCACAAAGGGGGCUGACACCUAGCCAGAGGGAACCCAGGGUGGGGAGGCAGCAGUGUCCCUGCCUGCCACACAGACACCUUCUGAAAUGUUGGAGCACUUCACCCUGCGGGCACUGAAAGCACCUGGAGUAGUGUUCCCUAAAAGAUAGUCUAAAGGCUAAAACUGGAGGCUCUGGGUGGUGCAAAUGAUUAACACAUUCAGCUGCUAACUAAAAGGUUGGAGGUUCAAGUCCACCCAGAGACACUUUGGAAGAAAGGCCUGGUGAUCUACUUCUGAAAAACCAGCCAUUGACAACCCUGUGGAGCACAGUUCUCCUCUGACACACAAGGGGUUGCCAUGAGUCGGAAUCCACUUGACAGCAGCAGGUAAAGAGCGGAAUUAGACUGCCUUGACCAGGUGCAGGCCACGUCGACCACUGCCCUCAGAGUAAAUUACACGUAGGUGUGUUUGGAAAACAUGGCACUGGAAAUGAACUACAAGGAAAAAAGUGGCCCCAGCUCUCAAGGAGCCCAUAACAAAGCUAAAAGAAAGUUUAUCUCAUAAAAACUAACUUGCAGUUAUCAACUUUUAAUUUCUUUUCAUUUCCCCAGUGGCUUGUGUAUGGUUCUGCUUUCUCCAAAGCGGUUUGCUGCAACCUCUCUGCAUGGGUCUACGUGAGGGCUUGUUUGUCAUCAGUCAGCAUCUCCUGUCUGCCUCUCUCCACUAAGAAAGCUACAGCUUUGGCAAACGCAGUGAUAGGAAAAGAUCAUUAAUUGGCAGAUGAAAUUUUAGUUUUUUAAUGGGCCCUUUCCCUAGACUCUGUUAUCUUUUCCUAAAUUCAUCUAUCUUCAGACUUGAGCACGUCCUCCCAGUGUGUGCACCCAGCAAGCCUGAACAGGGCAAGGAAAGGACAGGAUGGGUUCUAUUACUUCAGUAGGUUAGAGAGAGGGACCCAGGACAACGGGAUACAUUUUUAUAUUUAUUCUAUCAAUUGUAUCUUCUUGAAGAAGUCAUUAUUCGAAUCUCCUGAUCUGCCGCAAUCUAGAUUGGUUGCCCUGUAGUUACUGUUGUCAGUUGGUGUUGAGUCGAUUCCAACUCAUGGCACCCCCUUGCAUGCCGAGUAGAACUGUGCUCCAUAGGGUUUUCAAAGCUGUCACCUUUUCGGAAGCGGAUUGACAGGCCUGUUUUCUGAGACACCUGUGUGUGGGUUUGAACCACUAACCUUUUGGCUAUUAGUCGAGUGCUUAACUCUUUGCACCACCCAGGGACUCUUAAUGGAAUAUAUUUUUUAGGUGUCACUAAGAUCUGGAGUUGUGGAAUUUUUUUUUUUUGGAGACUUUUUUGUCACUUGUAUCAUCUCAAGAUAACAUAAUGCUGUGGGUAUAACCUUUUAAAAGAUUGUCACCUUAUGAGCGUCAGUAGAAGGAGAGUGCCCAAAGUGAGACGUGUGCUGCUAGGUUCUGCCCUUAUCAGACCACGUGUCCAGUGCUGGCUCCCACCCUGUAACAAGAGGGCCCAGGAGGGUGAGCGCGGUGGGUCCAGACAGAAACUAGAGGAUAGGAGGAACAGUUGGAAAAGACUGGAGGUGACCAGUGUGCCGAAGCAAUGACUCAAGCCAGAAUGUAUCCUUUGUCUUUGGUUUCUUGCUUCCUGUUGGGGAUAAUCAGCUGUAAUCUGAGUGCCUCCAAGGGCGGGACUGGGGCGGAGGGUGCACAUCACUGGGAGGCAGCUGUCCACUCAGUGGGGAAAGCAGUCUUCACUGAAUGCACUGCCCAGCACUGGAAGAGGACAGCGCGCACAAAGCAGUGAACGCUCUGUCACUAAACACUGUGUCACUAAACACGCUCACCAGGGCAGGCUAACCCUGUGGGGAGGCCAUGGAGGGCACUCUCACCAGGGCAGGAGGUGGGCCUAGCUCUAGUCUUUGGGGCUGGGCAGGACACCAUGCUGGCACCUUUGAUCGUAACUAUGGAAGAGCAGAAGGGAGCCGAGAAGCAAAGCCCCCAGGGUUCUGGGUGGAUGCUAAUUGGGAUGAAGGAGAAACCAAAACAACUCACACAGACUGGCUCUUCUGAGGCUGCCCUGCCCUCCCAGCUGCUUACCUCCUCCAUGUCCCUUAGGGGGCACCCACACUCACUCUGCGUUCAGAGGCAGCAGCCACCAGGGCUACGGAAAACUGUGUCCGAGAAUCUGGGCAGAUUGUUUUUUAGUUUGAGAUUUUUAUUUCCACUAUUAAAUGAUACUGAUUUUUCCUUGUUUUCCCUUCCAGUUUUCAGUUAAGAAUCUGUAGGAGACAUUUUUUAGUCUUACUAGGAACAGCUCGCAUGCAGCCCCUGGGGGCCAUCACCUAACUACAGCCAGAUGGGCGAGGUAACGCACACCUUUGGGGUGAAGACUUUGAUUUUACACGAAGGCACGCUUGCAAUAAAGUUUUACAAAUUUUGUAUACCAUGAACGAAAUUUGGAGUUCUAAAAUGUGAAGCGUGGCAAAAAAAAAAAAAA